AAACCAGGGAGAUCUAGAAUACAUGACGGACCAGAGGAUCAUGCUUGGACUGCCAUCAGCUCACUUUACCUCUUAGUUAUUUAUUUUGUGAUGUGAUUUGCUCCUGUUACCCUCAGGAGAGGCAUCUAACACCUGCUACUGGGAUACAACACCAUUUCUACUGAGAUUCUUCUACUUCCACUCAGUGUAGUUCUGUGUAAUAAUGGACUCUCCUCUGAGAAUUGAAUGAGCAUUAAGUGAUUAAAAGUUGCUGUUUUCCUGCCACUUCGCAGACAGUUUAAUAUAUUGUGGUCUUAUAGGCUUAUUCCUCUGCAGGUGCUAUACUAGCAUAGAGACAGAGGCAUAACAUAGCAGCACAGUGAAGUGGAAUUCAGCUUCCCAAAGUGCUGUUCCGGCUGGAAGGCUAAACUCAUGAGUUGAACAAGUUAUUGGAGAGAAGAGGCUGACAGUCGGUCCUGAAGUCUGGAGUCUCACAGCUGGAAGGAGAACGUUUCAAACAGCCCCCUACCCUCCCUCCAUCAUGGCAGAGCCUUCUCCUGGCUGGUGGAAGCUGACUUUCCUGAGGAGAAAGAAGUCCCAGCCCAAGGUCCUGUAUGAGAUCCCUGCAGAGUUUGCCUCUAACACCCACCCUGCUCAGCAUGGAUCGGCCACAGCGGUCCCCCCCGAGGACACGCUGUGGGACCCUCAACUGGACGCCCGGCUGGAGAGGAUUGUGGACAAGACCCCGGCCAGCAAGGGGCGCCACGUCAAGGUGUCUCACUCCGGGAGGUUCAAGGAGAAGAAGAAAGUCCGAGCCACUCUGGCAGAGAACCCGGAGAUGUUUCCUGGAGGGGACCCCGCCAGGGACGAAAACCAGAGGGCCGGGGAGUGACCGGACACACAUUCACAGGGAAGUUUAGCUUGGGCAUAGCCUCUCUAUCCAUGUUAGAAGUUGAUGCAGCCUUAAUUGGGUGAAACUCAGGGCAUUAAUACCUUCUUGGGAUGAUGAAGUUGAAUCAAGACUUUUUGAGAGAGAAUAUUCAGGCUUAUCUUUAUUUAGAGAAGUUUGAUGUUUUCCUAUUUACUUCAAUUCCAAACAUUCUGCAUUAUGAGGCCUGCUGUCAGCUUCUGGUAGAUGGGGAUUGCAGGGAUGACUCAGGACAAUGCACCGCCAUGGAUCUACUACACUGCAGGAAAGCCAGCCUGACUGGCCCUAACGGGUUCGUGAGAGACUCUGUACAUGUGCCCUCAACUCACAGACAGCAUCCAGAAAUACACUUUGGAAGGGUUGAGUGCAAUUUACAAGAAAACAAAGUUUAUCUAAAAAAGACACAAAUAGAUAAACAAAAUGACAAGGUAAACUCACUUAACUUAAAUUAAAUAUAAUCAAUGAAACAAUCUGAUUAGUUAAAGUUAUGUACUAUCACUUGUCAUGAUAAUGGUUUAUGAAGUCAUGUUGUUGUGAGUUAUUGAAUCAUCAUUGAACAAGCACUUCAGAAACUGGGAUCCUAAUUUGAAGUUGUAGUCCACUUCCUGGAUUUAUUUGUCGCGUUUGCAGGUUUACGUUGCCAUGUCUCUAUAUAGUUGUACUUCUGAAACAUGUUUUAGAUCUUCUUAAACCUACUGAGACAUGUUGGAGACUUGAUUGAUUAUUGAUUUUUCUGUAUUUUUAAACUCACAUUUUGGCUGUUAUUUUUUCAUCCAGGCAGUCCUACACAUGUUGUUGCCGGUGAAGGCCAGGAGAGGGCAGCAUCUCUUCACAUGCAACAGAUCUUUAAAACACUCCUCCAUUAAGGGUUUCUCUCAAGAAGCUUCUUUUCUCUCCUGUUGAUUGUACCUCACAUCCAAUCAGAAGUUAGCCUACAGUCUGUCUUUUUAAAACCACUUACAAAUGCCAGAAGUAAGUUUAGCCUUCAAUGUCAAUGCCCCAACAUUUAGUGUAGGCACAGAAAUA